AUGGCUCCCUCGUAUAGCAAUGGCUUUGGGCCCAACACAGGAUACCUCCCGCGGGUGCGACGCAACAACAGCGUCGCCGCCAACUGCCGACACCUCCUUGCUGGUGCCCUCCAAGCGCUGCAGCAAUCGGUCAAGGCUUUGCGAAACAAUCGGUCCGGCCUGCUGGCCAGCCUUCUCACACGAGCCGUGUGGCAGGUCAGGAUGAACCUGACGGCGCGCCGCCUCUUCAGCUUCCCCCACUUGCUGGUGGGCUUCUUCGUGCUGCUCAUGUUGUGGGGAGAAUACUGGGUGUUCGACAGCCGCGUCGCCAGUUGCAGAUGGGACAAGUGGGAGAAAUGGCCAGCAGGAGCUACCCCUCACCACCUCAUCUUCGUCGCCGACCCCCAGCUCAUCGAUCCGCACUCCUACCCUGAUCGGCCGUGGCUCCUGUCGGAGCUCACCGUGCUCAUCACAGACAACUACUUGCGCAAGGGCUACAGACAGCUGCGAACCCAGCUGCAGCCCGACUCGGUCUUCUUCCUCGGCGAUCUGUUCGACGGCGGCCGGGAAUGGAAGACGGCCGUGGGCGACUUCAGCGAUCCUAGGUGGGCGGCCGGCCACCGACCCAAGAGCGAGGAGAAGCACGUCAAGACGUGGAACAAGAAGUACGGAGAAGGGUUCUGGCUGAAGGAAUACGCGCGCUUCAGCGACAUGUUCAUCAAGGACUGGAACACCGAUGGCGAGCAGCCCGGUCCCUGGCAGAGGGGGCGGAAACUCGUCGCUGGGCUGCCGGGCAACCACGAUUUGGGAUUCGGCGACGAGAUCAAGAUCCCCGUGCGCGACCGUUUCAGCGCCUUCUUUGGUGACGGCAACCGGGUCGACGUCAUUGGCAACCAUACGAUCGUGUCCGUCGACACGGUCUCGCUGAGCGCCGACUCAUCCGACGCCCUCACUCGGGUCGACCUGAAGUCCAUCUACGAACCCGCAAACAUUUUCCUCCAGAAUGUUCAGUCCUUGAAGCAAAAGGCGGUUGAGAAGGAGCUCCGGUUCUGGCGCGGCGAGGUCGGCGAGGUCGCCUUCAAGCACGACGUCGAAGACGUCUCCCGGCCGAAUCUCGACAACGUUCCGCGCCUCAACCCCGACAAGGCCAACGGCGACUUCCCCACCAUUCUUCUCUCCCAUGUUCCGCUCUACAGGGACCCCGGUACGCCUUGUGGCCCCCUUAGGGAGCACUGGCCUCCGCUGCCGAAGCCUGCCGGGCAGACGGAGCCCGUGAAGCCGGACCACCGCAACGCGAUCUCCGUCUCGAGGGGCUACCAGUACCAGAACGUGCUGAGCGAGGAGGACUCGGUCAAGCUCGUCAAGAGCAUCGGCAAUGUCGUCCACGCCUUCUCGGGCGACGAUCACGACUACUGCGAGGUCGUCCACUCCGACAGCAAGAACAACGUGCGCGAGAUCACCGUCAAGAGCUUGAACAUGGCCAUGGGUGUGCCCACGCCCGGCUUCGUCAUGGUCAGCCUCUUCAACCCCGUGGACGACCACGGAAAGCCGCUCCCCGGCUCGCCACAGCAGACACUGCAGACGCACCUCUGCCACCUGCCGAACCAGAUCUCGACCUUCAUCAAGUACGCCGUCUUUGGCGUCGUCUGCCUCGCGGCCAUUGUCGUCCGCGCCCUCCUCAUGCCCGUCCUGGGCUUCACCCCCUUCACCCUCGCCGCCGACCAGAGCCCCGGCGCCGGCGGCCUCCUGCCCACCUACAAGGACAAGGUCGAGGACGACGGCUACUAUGCCCACCACAACUCGACCACGGCCGCCUCCGGCUCCUCGCAGUACCGUUCCUCGCGCCUCCGCAGCUCGUCCCUGACGUCCUCCGCCAACGGCUUCGGCGGCAGUGGCGGCGCCGCGCGUGCGGGUUCGACAGGCCGCCACAAGCACCACGGCAAGAAGUGGGGCUGGGCCGAGAAGAGCGGUCCGCGCAUCGACAUAUACAGGGACGACCUCUACGACAGCGGCAAGUCGCGCUCGCUCGGCUCGUCGUGGCGUGCCGCGUCGGCAAGGCCGCGGACGUCGCUCGGGCUGAUGGGCCGCGAGGUGCUGGCGUGCGUGUGGCGCGUCGCGUGGAUGGUGCUGCUGUUCUGGGCGUAUCUGGCGCGUAAGGGCUGA